UUUAAACCGCAUUCCAAUCGAGAUUUCGGAGCCCAACGUCCGACUACAUGUGAAUUUUUCCCGCACUCUACCAGAAACGACGCACAUAAUACGUGAUCAAGUCCUUGCGCAUUCACAUUGUUUGCAAUAUCUAUUCGUUGUUAUAGUUUUGUAUCGAAAAUUGCAUUUACAGCAUCCUAAAAUGGCUCCAAGAAAAUUUGAUGACAUAGAUGAUGAUCUUGUUCAUCAUAAAAAGCAAUUGAAACAAAAUACAUUGAAAAUGACAAAGAGCUGUACGCGGACGAUAACGAUCCGUAAUUCAAUAUCUUUAUCAUUCGGUAAUGAUUACUUGAGCCGCCCAAACUAUGCGUCGACGAGUGAGCAGAGGGUAAUUACAAAUGCAGUCACUCAAGUCAUUCAAGACGUGGAGAUCGAGAUUUCUACGGAGAUGGAUAUCACGGAAAAAAUAAGUAAAAUUAAUAUCAAUUCGCCAGAGAUAGCUGGAAAGGAAGGGAGCCAUGAUGUUAACAUUGAUUCGUCAACGAUGUCGGACGACGAAGUCAAUGAUACAUUGCAGUAGGUUGUGAACCCGCAGAUUUAUAAUUUAUAAAUCUGUGUGUAAACCGAAGUGCUAUUUAAGAUUAUAAGAUAUUAUAUUAUUAAUGUGAUUUUUUUAAGCGUUUUUUCUAUGAUAAAUUACUUUAGGUAACAUUUAUGUUUCACCUGCAUAGUAGGUAUCUGUGUAGUUUCGGUCUUAAAAUGUAAUAGUAAAUUUACGAUCGCCAGUUUUCAUUUUGUAAUUUCAUUUAUUUUAACAUAAGAGUAAUUUAACCUAUUGUAGCAUUG